UGUCUUCCCGUCACCGUUCGGAAUAUAAAAGGUCAAAAAUAAAGAAACCGAAAGGAAACUCGGAAGAAGGCAAACCCCUCUCUCUCUAUUACUUUCUCAGAGAAACAUGGCGUCCUUUGAUGCGUACGGAAUGGACGGAGAAGAGAUUCACGCUGCUCCAAAUGACCAUCCCUUCGAAGUCGACGACGAUAGCUACUCCAAUUACGGCUCUUACUCCAACUUCACCGACAACCAACAAUUCCCGGCGGAUGGUGGUGACGUGGCAGUGGAUCAUGUGAAUUCCUCUCCUGAUAUCUUCGGCUUCGGAUCUUCCGAUCCAACCCCUGCUUACUCGCAAUCUCCUUUCGGUCCUUCGAUUCAUGUCGAGAACGGAAAUGGAACCAAUGGAUUUGGUGUUGGGAACGACGACGUCUUUGCUUCUGAUGGACCAGUGCUUCCUCCUCCAACUGAGAUGGAACCUGAAGAAGGCUUCGCUCUUCGCGAGUGGCGGCGUCAAAAUGCUAUUCUGCUUGAGGAGAAGGAGAAGAAGGAGAAGGAGUUGAGGAACCAGAUUAUUGAAGAAGCUGAGGAGUACAAGCGAGCAUUCUAUGAGAAGAGGGAAAAAACCAUUGAGACCAACAAAACUAAUAACAGAGAAAGAGAAAAGCUGUACUUGGCUAACCAAGAGAAGUUCCAUAAGACUGCAGACAAACAGUACUGGACUGCAAUAGCAGAACUAAUUCCUCGUGAGGUCCCUAAUAUCGAGAAGAAAAGAGGCAAGAAGGAUCAAGAGAAGAAGCCAUCAAUAAGUGUCAUCCAGGGACCAAAGCCUGGAAAACCAACUGAUCUAUCAAGAAUGCGGCACAUUCUUGUGAAGCUGAAGCAUGCACCCCCACCUCACAUGAUUCCACCCCCACCUGCUCCAGCAAAGGAUGCUAAAGAUGGAAAAGAUGCUGCUUCAAAUGGAACUGCAUCUACUGAGAAAGGGGCACCUGCUUCAUCUGCAAAAGAUGCCGCUGCAAAUGGUUCCACUCCUGAACAAGAUACUACUGUUGCUAAGGACCAACCUGCUGCAGAACCAGAGGCAACAUCAACAGCCUAAUUGCUUACGCAUCAGUCAACGGUGGUUUUGUUGAUAUUCAAAAGGACAUGCUUAAGAAUUGGUCUAAAUGGAUUUUGAGCUGUAGCAACUAGCAAACGCAAUCAGUCU